CCCGGCUCCACAGUCGCGCCGGUGGCGAGCAGACACAGCAGGUGACACAGGCCGACCAUGUCGAGCUACGUCGCGCUCCUGUACGUGCUGGGGUGCGUGGUGGCCGCAGCCAGCGGCGCCACCCUGGAGGAGACGCUGCCUGGCGUGCCCGGCCAGGACUACCCCAUCUACGCCGAGGUGCCCGACACUGGCUUCGCCUGCGAUGGCCGCAUCAACGGCGGGUACUACGCCGAUCCGCAGGCGCAGUGUCAG